AUGACAUCAAAGCAAUGGUCUUUGUUCGACCUCCAAUACGUAUUGAUUGCAACAAUCAUGCUUAUCGACUUUAUUUUGAUCCAAUCACCGGCACUGAUACCUCGACUUUUGUUGGCCGCAGCGUUGAUUGCUUCAUUCUGGAUUCCUUAUAUCAAACGGUUCACAGUGCCUGCCUUACCUAUUUUCACCUGGUUAAUCACAUUCUAUGCUUGCCAGUUCAUCCCUAUUGAGUAUCGACCCACCCACAUCUUUGUCAACCUCCUACCUACACUCGAAAGAAUUCUUUAUGGUGCUAACCUAUCUGAAAUUAUCUCGAAACACACCCAUCCUGUCCUUGAUAUUUUAGCCUGGAUUCCAUAUGGCAUUGUUCAUUUCUCUUUCCCGUUCAUCCUCUCCAUUUUGUUGUUCAUCUAUGGUCCUCCCGGCUCAUUGAAGGUGUUUGGCAAAGCAUUUGGCUACAUGAAUUUAGCGGGUGUCUUGACCCAGUUGCUCUUUCCAAAUGCAUCACCAUGGUAUGAAAUCAUUUACGGCUCUGCUCCUGCCGACUAUUCCAUCCCAGGCGAGGCUGGCGGAUUGCUUCGUAUCGAUGAUAUUCUAGGUUUGGAUUUAUACGGCUCAACAUUUGGUACUUCCCCUCUCGUAUUUGGCGCCUUUCCUUCCCUUCAUUCUGGUUGUGCCACAUUGGAGAUGCUGUUUGUUGCUUACUUGUUUCCUCGUUUGAAGCCAGUGGCUGCCAUCUAUGUUAUGUGGAUGUGGUUCGCUACAAUGUACCUCACUCACCAUUACAUGAUUGAUCUUGUUGGUGGCUCUAUCUAUGCCAUCUUGGCCUUUGUAGUCGCACAAAACUUCCUGCCCAAGAUGAAUCAAGACUACCGCAAUCGUUUGGCUUACAUGAGCGUAACUAAAUCCAGCAUUCGAACUUUUAUUUACAGCAUCGAGCAUGACAAUUGCAGUGAAUACGACUCGAUCCAAUCCAGUAACCAUGACGACGAAGAAUCUGCCAUGAAACUAGUCAUCAAACAGCAUAGACCUGAACCCUUGAGAUUGAGCAACAUGAAUGAAAAACGCAUGGAAAGCCCUGAACAAUCACCUGCCUUGUCACCAUCCUCCGGCUACUGGUCAUCUACCUCAGAACCAGCUUCACCUAUCACACCUCAUUCGUCUUUGGGUAGUCCUCAAAUGCACUUUAGCAAAGCUUAG